AUGCCUCGGAUGGACUCGCAGAAGGAGAAAAAGCGUCGACGGCGGAUGGCCAGCCGCGGCAGCUUCAACGAGAAGGGCCGCAGUUCUUCGUGGGGCGACGCCGGACUCGCGAUUCAGUUGGCGACAGCGUCUUCGCGUUUCAACGUCGCCGACGGACUCCGCUCUUUUCACAAGGCAUCCGCAUUUCUACCGGGAUUCGUCGUCGAAAACUGCAACGGUACGAAAAGUCUUCUUGCCCGGCGUAUUUUUUUUUUGUUCCUAACGACUUUUCGAUCAGAUGUGUGUAUAAACCUAGUUUUUCGAUUUAACGGUCAUGAUUUCAUGUUCCCUCUAAUUGAAAAUCAAGGAAAUUAUAAUAAUUUGUUUCUUUUUUUUGGUCAAACCGAAGCCCUAGAAACUCUGAGACGCCUAUUUUGAUUUGUGUACUCUUUGAGGAAAACGCUGAAGCAAGUUCCCUUUCUUUCUCCUUUCUGAUUCUCCCGAUCGAUUUUUUCUUUUUGAAUAUUUGCACGGUCUCAACGGUACAAGCUAUAUAUGGGAAUCAGACUAGUUGGCAGAAAAAAAAAUUAGUAUUUGGUCAACUGAAAGCUUUUUUUAAUUUAUUCGAAUUUUUUUAAACGCAGAAAAAAGUUAAUCAAGAAAUCAGGUUGAAGUGCUAAAUUAUCACAAUAACAAGGAAAAAAACUCAGAAAAAUUUUUCACAGGUUUGUAAAUAGCUAUAAAUUUAUCAAUUGAUAUAUAUAUAUACUAUUUUAAACAACAGAAGGUUUCCCGAACGGCUUUCUUCGACAUAGCUUGAGAUCCAACAAAGAAAAGAUUUUUUGCUUGGAGGCACAAGAAAAGUCGCAAUGGAUGCAAUUAGCGUUGUGUUUCAGCGCAACUCGACGAAAUCGGCUUCGACUUUGUUCACCAGUGCAUUUCCUCGUUGGAGGAACGCGGUUAGUCCGUUUUUAUACGAAAGCUGUCAGAAAUGCGCCAAUGUAGACCUCUUAGAGCUAAUUGGACUUUAAUUGAGUGCUCCACCAGAUAAAUUAGACAAAAACAGCCGUCUGGUGGCCUUUUUCUUUCUCAAUGCAAAUUUCCCUCCAGGGAUCCGAGAACAAGGCGUAUACCGAAAUUGCGGGGUGACGUCCAAGGUCCAAAAGUUGAUGCAGCUGGGACUUGACCGCAGGAAAAACAGUGAAAAAUCGUUGAAUCUUGGCGACGACGAGUGGGAAACGAAGACCGUCAGCAGCGCUGUCAAGACUUUUUUGCGGUGAGUUCUCAUAUAAUGGUCCCUUUUCACGUUCCCCUUCUUUCAGUGUUCCUCAUUCUUUUUCCGGUGUUUUUAUGGAAAACUGUGUUGCAGAAACCUGCCGGAGCCUCUGAUGACUUUCGAACUGCACAGCGUCUUCAUAAACGCUGCGAAAAUGAACGACGCCAGAAUGCGCGUCGAUCACAUACACUACUACGUUCACCAGCUGCCCGCCAAACACAAGGAGAUGUUGGAGAUGAUAAUCAGACAUCUCCGGAGGUAUUUCUCAAUUUUUGAACGAAUAUCUUGAUAUCAUCAAUUUUUGAGGAGGUUAAAUAGUCGCUUGCGAAUAAAAGCUUAGAAAAUCUUCUCCUGAACAAGUCAAAGUUUAAGAGUUACCCGUUCAGUCAAUUAACUUAUACUUUUGAGAAGGAAAACUCCCAUUUGCGCCUUGGAAUUCCUUUUUCUGCGCAAAAAUAGUUACACUUCUUAUUCAUUUGUGAUGCAUUAAAAAGAAAUAUGAAGUGUUAAAAGGUGGAUAAAAUCAGAGCUAUAACAUUGUGGCUUUUAAAUUGACAGAAGGUUGAUUAUCUUUGAGUGCAAAGUUUACAAAAUAGCGUUUCCUCUCAAUUUUGCGUUAGUAGACGAAUUUUUCUUUUUUCUUGUCGCACAAUAAUUUUGAGUUGAAAAAAGUUGAAAAAGUGUGAUCAUAUGGCUGAUAACCAAUUUUUAUAUGAAGUCUUGAAGAGUGGCCGACCGCUGCGAAGAAAACUUGAUGACGGUGGGAAACCUCGGCGUGUGCUUCGGUCCGACUCUUUUGCGACCCAAAGAGGAAACGAUGGCCGCCAUCAUGGACAUCAAGUUCUGCAACGUGGUCGUCGAAGUUUUGAUAGCCAACUGCGAUAAGGUGCGUUCGGAGAGCCCCUCUGCAGCUAGAUCUUCGCUCUCAGAUAUUCGCGUCGAACCCGCCGAUUACGGUGGGCCCCUCGCCGCCGAAACCUGACCACUAUAUGGUGGACCAGAGCGAGCGGCUCGUGACGCCUUCAGUCGCCGAUGGACCUGCGUUUCUCAACUCGUCGCAGACUCUGCGAAAUCGCGCACCUCCGCCACUGUCGCACAGCUCCGUCUACGGCCUUUCCAACGUUCGAAGGACGCCGUCUUCGCCCAAAGAUGCAGGUGCAUAAGAGAAGCAGAAACAAGAAUAUGUAUCAGAAGUAAAACAAUGAUGGCAAAAAACAAUUUUGAUGAGUUAAACUUGAAAAUUAUUAAGUUAUUGAAAAUAAUUUAUUGCAAUUCGCUACCGGAAUUCAAGUUAUUUUUUUCUCACAUCAAAACUUUGAAGAUCACUUGCGGGAAACAGAAAAAAAUCUAAGCGAGGGUUUUUUUCUCUGCGAGUGUCUUUUGAAAAAUUUGAAAAAAAUUAACUGUUGAAAAAUUUUUGAACUUUAAUUUCCGAAAAACGUUAUAUUUUUAUAAUACGCUUAAAAAUUGAAAAAAUGUUAAGACAACUGAAUUCAAAAAAAAGAUAAGAUCAAACUACAUCAUUUUUUUUUUUGCACUUAUAUUCGACCAGAAAUUUUUUUGAUAUCGGUGAUGAAUUUUUUGUUAUUUUUUAAUUGGCAGGUAUUUUUAGCCCAAGAUUUCGCUUCGACAUCGGGUCUGAGUCCAGCGACGUCUCCAGUGAUUCCGACGGCACAUGAAGUCUUCGCCGACGACUUCGACCCCCAUCACAAGACUUGCCGCACCAGAGACAGCUCAGACUCGCUCAACUCGAUGGCUAGCGCCGGCUCGACCAACGACGACACUGCGGAGACGUACGCGAGCAAGAGAGCCGCCGCCAAAGGUGCUCCUCAAUUCCUCUCAACCGCUUCUAUCUCUCUGCCGUUUUAGGUAGAAUUAAUACGACCUACGCACCCACUUAUAGUCGACUGACAUGCGAAGCGUAGGUCUUUUCUUCUUCUUCUUCUCCUUUGCUCUAAUAUUUCGGCGGCAUGGCUACCUUUCCGUGUGUACAUGUGCCCUUGACGGGUCUAUCAAAAGGAGCUCAGAAAACUGCGACUUUAACGUUGGAAUAUCAGCCUAGAACAUGGAGCUUGAAAAAUUUGGUAUUUGUGGCCCAGAGAUGCCUGAAUGAUGCGAUGCCCUGAAACAACUGAAGUAUGCAUUCUUUUUUCACAUGGUUGAGAAACGCUUAUUUUAUGUAAAGUAGUCAAGCAAGAAAGAACUUUUUUUCUCAGAGCUUGUAAUUGGCUCAAAAGAUAAUAAAAACAAGUUCGGGAUUGAUUCUUUCGUCAGAAAAAAAAAACCAUAUCUCACUGUUAACCAGUCGCAUUUUUCUGUAGCUGAAAUUUAGGACUUGCUUAGAGGCCUUUUUCGAGAAGCAUGUGAUCCAUAUGUUGUGUUCAAAGUUAUUUCGCUAAAUGCGAAAAAGUCGUCAGAGAAAAAAAAGAUAACUAAAUUUUGGAGAGUCAGAGAUAAUUUUGCAUUUCGCGGAAAUUACUUCGAACACAGCACUACGAAAGCAUGAUUAUCCGUUUUUUUUUGUUUAAACUUUUUAUGAGUUGUGCCCUUGUGUGAAGCAGCAACACUCUCGGAGCGUUGCAGUAAAGACUCGAGAGGACCACGCAAUGGAGCGCAUCUCACCGCCAAGACAACGCAGCCCUCCCGCACGUUUUCUUCGUUGUACGUUCAGAUACCGAGGUAUUUUCCUUCUAUCUUUCUAUAGCUUCGCUGCCACGAAUCCUUCUAUUGAGUUAAAAUUAUUCGACGUCUUGUUUUCGCACAACAGACCUUUCCGUUAAAGUGUCCACUCUCUCUACUUAUUCAUUUGUUUCUUUGUCAAAUAUCUGUAGGUGAAACCUUUGAUAUUUCGAAUCACUUUACUCGAAAUUUACGAGUAGUUCUAGAAGUGAGAAAAAAAAAAUGAAGAUAUGAAUGACUUUCUCUCCAUUCUAAAAAAAAAAGCUGUGGAUCUGAAAUUUCUCUGAAAGAAUUGUUGCGCGAAAACUCUAAAUUUCUCUAUACACUUAAGCCAGACAGCUUUUCUUUUCACAUUUCCCCUCUGUGCAGACGCAUGAUCUUUCGUUACAAUCACUUUUCUUGUCGAAUAUGAAAUUUCCUUGGUGUUCCUAUCCGUUAAGUGUUUCAGCAUUUGCACCAUUGCCCUCCCCGGCAUGACACAUGGCUAUCCACAUUUUUCACGAAAUGCACAAAGUGUUUUUUGUUUCCAAAAAGAACGAUGAUUCAUAUUACCAUGGUUUUAUUGUAUUCAUAGCUAUUUUGAUCAUUCAUAUCAAAGCGCUUUUUUUAAAACAUGCUCCUAGCUUUUUCAUAGAAGGGCGAUACUAGAAGAUUAAUUUUAGUAGAAGAGUGAAAACGCUUUACGCCUGUACGCCGGACCACGACACCGAGCUGUCUUUCGAGCCCGGACAAAUAAUAACCAAUGGUAUUUGAUUUUGUCAACUUUUCCAUAUGGUUUUCUUCAGUUUACGAAUCCAAGGAAGAAGGGUGGCUGAUGGGAACACUCAACGGUAAGACUGGGCUCAUACCUUCGAACUACGUCGAACCCUUGCCAUGA